AUGGGUUAACGAUGUUUUUGUAAAAUUUAUAAUAAGAAAAAAAUGAGCAAAUUUCUGUUUUACUUAAAGAAAGAUUAAAUAUUUGAAUAUUUCAGUAAAUUAUUUUAGAAUUAAAAAUAAUUUUAAGGUUUUAUUACAGGUUUUAUGUAACUUUUGAAUCAUCUGGUCAUAUGUUUAAUAUAUUGCUGUCUUAUUUAUUUUUCAUAAUUUCCAGAUUGUAAUUUGUUUUUUGGAAACAUGAAACUGAUCUAACUAGCUAAAUUAACAUAUGAAUUUAAGCAAAUUUUGAAUACGAAGAAUUUAUGA